AUGCCUAUCACCAUUGCCACAAUAUUGUUCUUCGCCUUAUCCGUGUUUGCAGCCAAUCUUCCGAGGGAUUUCGAACUCCGUGUGGAGGUUCCAGAUAGCGACAACAUUUUCUUCGUAAGGAACUACACCAACGCACCUAUUCUCGUUUCCGACCUGUAUUAUGGUGACAACGGUGCACCCGUUCUGGGACCCCAGUUCUUCUAUUUUGAUGAGUAUGAGACUUUGAGAAGCUCUCGCAAUGACGAAUACGUUUCAGUUCAGACAUGGGAUGCGUAUGAUGAACGUAAAUUGACCUUACUUUUCAAUGAUACUGUCGCUUAUCAUGGUUUCCAUAAGAAGGAUGGGUAUUUGGCGCAUCAUGGAAACACGACAUUUUAUUCAUGCAAUUCUUAUCCAUAUGACAAGUAUGUGGAGUACUUGAGUCUCGAUGGCUCUUGUUUCCUUGCACAUCCAGUGCAAUUGCGGUUGACAUACCCAUUAUAA